AAAGUACUAUAACUUCAAAAUGUGCUGGCGGGAAAUGUUGCUGUGAGAUCGUCUGCUUGUAUUUGUAAAAUUUGAUUUUUUUAAUGUUGCCUUAAUUAUGUGUAUUACUGAUCGAAAUUCUAUGGUAAUAUAUAUCCAAGUUUGAAUAUUCAAUCAUGUCUAGAGAUUUGACGACAUUUCCUUUUUCUCAAAAUACGCGUUUUAAGUUAUUGAAUUCCGGUUUUGUUACUGUGGAUGAUUUACGCGAUUUCAAACCAAGUGAACUCUCUAAAGAAACACAAUUGACAGUUCAAGAAGCUAUGGACGUUUUGGACCUGGUUUUUCCAAAACCAAGCCAUUCCAAAUCAACUAUUGAAUCAAAAAGUUGUUCUGCCUUGAAUAUUUUACUUGAAGAAAAAGAUUCACCUCCAGUAACAACUAGCUGCAAAUUACUAGACUCAAUUUUAGGAGGGGGCAUUUCAGUCAGAAAAGUAACAGAAAUUUGUGGUUGCCCAGGUUCUGGAAAAACACAAUUGUGUUUGCAGUUGUGUGUAAAUGUUCAAAUGCCUAAACGUUUUGGUGGAUUGGAUGGAGAAGCAUUUUUUAUUGAUACAGAAGGAAGUUUUAUAGUCCAGAGACUGGUUCAAAUAGCAUCUGCUACUGUGCAGCAGUUGAAGACUGAAGCAAAAGUUUCUGGCGAAGAGUUUACCCUUGAUAGGAUCCUAAAAGGAAUCUAUUAUUACCCUUGUAAAUCAUAUACUGAAGUUAUAGCUAGAAUAAAUCUUUUGCAUGAGUUUCUUGAGCAACACAAGAAAAUUGCAGUUGUAAUUAUUGACAGCAUAGCAUUUCAUUUCCGAUAUGGAUUUGAUGGCACUUACUCUCUCCGUACACGACUUUUGAAUGGUAUUAUGCAGACUCUGGUGAAGGUGGCUAACCAGCAUAAGGUUGCUGUUGUAUUAACAAAUCAAAUGACUACUAAAAUUGAUGGUGAAGAAAGUUCCCAUUUAGUUCCUGCUCUGGGUGAAAGUUGGGGUCAUGCAUGUGCUAUUCGUUUAAUUCUUUCAUGGACUGAUAAGAAAAGGAUGGCAUAUCUUUUAAAGUCACCAUCAAUGGCUGAAGCAAAAGCUCAAUACACUAUCACUAAGGAUGGAUUUAGAGAUGUAUCUGUUGUAGUCUAAAUGGAAAUGUUGCAGACUAGAUGCUCCCCAGGCAGAUCUUAAAAAAAAAAAUGUGCUACAUUGCUUUUUGUACUGCAGCUAAGUUAUUUGAUUUUUGAAUUCUAAACUGUUGUUAUAUCUAUUUUAUUAUUAAAGAAGAAUUUUCAGUA